AUUCUUAAGAUAACUUUUUUUUUUCCAGGGAUGAAUGCCGCGGUACGUGCCGUGGUUCGAAUGGGGUUAUAUGUGGGAGCAAAAGUUUAUUUCAUUCAUGAGGGGUAUCAGGGUAUGGUGGACGGUGGAGAGAACAUAGAGGAAGCCUCAUGGGAAAGUGUCUCCAGCAUGCUACAAGUGGGUGGGACCGUUAUCGGUAGCGCCCGCUGUAAAGAGUUCCGCAGCCAUGAGGGUCGCCUGAAGGCAGCACACAACCUGGUGCUGCAGGGCAUCACCAACCUGUGUGUGAUCGGAGGAGACGGCAGUCUGACCGGGGCCAACCUCUUCAGGGAGGAGUGGAGCGGGCUGCUGACGGAGCUGGUGGACCAAGGCUUAAUUGAAGCUGAUGCUGUUCAGAAGUAUUCGGCCCUUCACAUCGUGGGCAUGGUCGGCUCCAUCGAUAACGACUUCUGUGGAACUGACAUGACAAUCGGCACGGACUCAGCUCUGCACAGAAUCAUCGAAGUGGUGGACGCAAUCAUGACAACUGCACAGAGUCACCAGAGAACAUUUGUGUUAGAGGUCAUGGGCAGACACUGCGGCUACCUGGCCUUGGUCAGCGCCCUGGCUUGCGGAGCAGACUGGGUGCUGAUACCUGAGAUGCCCCCGGAGGACGGCUGGGAGGACAAGAUGUGUCAAAAACUGUCUGCGACCCGUUCCAGGGGCACAAGGCUGAACAUAAUCAUAGUUGCAGAGGGAGCCAUUGACAGGCAUGGAACGCCUAUUACUUCUGGUAUAGUCAAGGAUCUUGUUGUCAAAUGCCUGGGUUUCGACACACGAGUGACAAUCCUGGGGCAUGUGCAGAGAGGAGGAACCCCAUCUGCUUUUGACCGCAUCCUGGCCAGUCGUAUGGGUGUUGAGGCUGUUCUCGCCCUUCUGGAGACCACAGCUAACACACCAGCCUGCGUGGUGUCUCUGCGCGGGAACCAAUCGGUGCGCCUGCCUCUGAUGGAGUGUGUGCAGAUGACUCAAGAAGUGCAGAGGGCCAUGGACGGGAAGCGGUUUGAGGAGGCGGUGAAGCUUCGGGGCAGGAGUUUUGAAAACAACCUGAGGACGUACAAACUGCUUGCUCACCGUAAACCAGAAUCCGAACUGCCAGUCGUAAGUCAACCCUUGACAUUUCCUGAAAACAGUGACAGGGCUGUCAGCUCU